CGCCGGCUCCCAGCUCUCCACGGCUGGCUUGGCCGACGGCGCGGGCACACGCUCCAGACCAGCCAACAUAGAGGGGGAAGGCCCGCUGGGCCCACGCGGCCCAGAGUCCUCGGCGCGGUCCUCUGCCUGGAAGCCGGGUCCCUAGAGAGCUGCCGGGACUGAUCUUCGAGGGCUGUCUGGUGGAGCAGGGCCUCCCCCGGGCUGAUGAGUUCCCUGCGGUCCCGGCGCCGUCCUGGGUGAGCUAGAGGCCACGGCCCCGCGGGGACCAUGCCAGAGAUGCUCCUGCUCAGGUCUGCUGGCUCCGUCCUGAGGACCGUGUUCUUAAGCAGACUGCCUCCAGGUGGGCCUGGGUGUGUUCGCAAACUUCGUUUGAAUCUGCAGUACCAGCAAGAAGUAAGACCGAGUGUGACAAACAGCUCUCCGAGUGAUGGGCAGGCGCUCUCCAAAGAGUCCCUCGGCCAUGCUCUCCCGCUCUCGUCCCCGUCCCCGGAGAAGGCGAGGGGUGCCCAGCUGGAUUGCUCAGAGGAGCCGCUGUGGACCACCCGGGCCGACGGAUGCGUCCACCUGCGUGUCCACCCCACCUGCCCACAGCCGCCCUACACCGUGCACCAGAUGUUCCACGAGGCCCUGGACAAGUACAGGGACCUCAGCGCCCUGGGCUUCAAGCGCCAUGGCGUGUGGGAGCACAUCUCUUACUCCCAGUACUACCUGCUGGCCCGGAGAACCGCCAAGGGCUUCUUGAAGCUCGGCCUGGAGCGGGCCCACAGCGUGGCCAUCCUUGGCUUCAACUCCCCGGAGUGGUUCUUCUCGGCGGUGGGCACGGUGUUUGCAGGGGGCAUCGUCACCGGCAUCUAUACCACCAGCUCCCCGGAGGCCUGUCAGUACAUCGCCCAUGACUCCCGCGCCAACAUCAUCGUGGUCGACACACAGAAGCAGCUGGAAAAGAUCUUGAAGAUCUGGAAAAACUUGCCACAUCUGAAGGCCGUAGUGACAUACAGAGAGGCCCCUGCAAGGAAGAUGGCCCGCGUGUACACGAUGCACGAAGUCAUGGGGCUGGGGGACGAGCUGCCGGAGGAGACCCUGGACACUGUCAUUAGCGCCCAGCAGCCCAACCAGUGCUGUGUGCUGAUCUAUACCUCGGGCACCACCGGGAGCCCCAAGGGCGUGAUGCUGAGUCAGGACAACGUCACGUGGACAGCGCGGCACUGCAGCCAGGCCGGCGGCAUCCAGGCAGCGGAAGUCCGGCAGGAGGUGGUGGUCAGCUACCUGCCCCUCAGCCACAUCGCCGCGCAAUUCUACGACUUGUGGACGGGCAUCCAGUGGGGGGCGCACAUCUGCUUCGCCGAGCCUGAUGCCCUGCAGGGGAGCCUGGCGAACACGCUGCGGGAGGUGGAGCCCACGUCCCACCUGGGGGUGCCUCGGGUGUGGGAGAAGAUAAUGGAACGCAUCCAGGAGGUGGGGGCUGGGUCCGGCUUCAUCCGGCGCAAGAUGCUGCUGUGGGCCAUGUCGGUGACCCUGGAGCAGAACGUGACGUGCCCCAGCAGUGACCUGAAGUCCUUCAAGGCCAGGCUGGCGGAUUACCUGGUGCUGGCCAAGGUCCGCCAGGUGCUGGGCUUUGCCAGGUGUCGGAAGAACUUCUACGGAGCAGCCCCCUUGACCACAGAGACAGAGCAGUUCUUCCUGGGCCUCAACAUCCACUUGUAUGGCGGCUACGGCCUCAGCGAGACCUCGGGGCCCCACUUCAUAUCCAGCCUCUCCAACCACCGCCCCGGCAGCUCCGGCAAGGCGGUGCCAGGCUGCCUGGUGAAGCUGGUGAACACGGACGCGGAGGGCGUCGGGGAGAUCUGUCUGUGGGGCCGCACCAUCUUCAUGGGCUACCUACACAUGGAGGACAAAACGAGCGAGGCCAUCGACGCCGAAGGCUGGCUGCACACAGGCGACACCGGGCGGCUGGACGAGGACGGCUUCCUCUUCGUCACUGGACGCCUCAAAGGACAACUGGAGCCGCGUGCAGUGAAUGGACGCGGGGACAGCGAUCGUCCUGUGUUGUUCCUGAUCUCGGGAGGGACACUUUCAACAUUUUAUCCUGGAUGUGUUUCGCGUGGGGUCUUGGGGGGUGUUUGUCUCCAUGCCGUUUGCUGAGGGUUUCUAGCGGGUACUGACGGUGUAAGACACAGGUGGGGGUGAGCGGGUGGUCGGGGAAAGCGCAGGAAGGCAGGGGUGGUGAGGGACGCCCACUCUCGCUGCCCUGGACACGCCCGGUCUGACGGCUUCCUCCCUGGCCGUCCUCUGUGCCACGGCCCGGUGAGCUCGCUGCAGCCAGGGCUGUCUCCUUCUUCUCUGCCCGACGUCAACAUGGGGCCUGCACACAGUGUGACUGAUUCCUCUGUGUCCAACUAGAACAGGGGGCACCAUCCAGCUAGAGCAGUCCAGGUGUAUUCAGUAAACGUCCGCUUACUCCCACCUGGCCUGGCGGGAAGAGACCAGAGCACUGAGUGCCAGCACCUGCUCGCGCACGGCCCUCCGCAGGACGAGGGGCGGACGCUGUGAGAGCAGCUUAGACAAGGGAGGGCCAGCGUGGACGAGGUGGGGGGGCCUCCUGAGCUGAGCGGCCCUUGAGAGCAGGCGGUGCGCUCUGGACUGCUGGGGACGGGAGGGCGUUUGGGAAGGGGGUAGGCGAGUGAGAGGUGCCUCCAAGGG